UGGACGAAGGAAGGAGCAAAAUCCAAAGAAUGAAUUCAAUGAAAGCGGAAGUAAAUGUUUUCAGGGAGGGGCUGUCGUGAACGACUUUACUUUUUACACAUUUGUCCGGGAAAAGGCGCAAAAUGUUCGAUCAGAUUGUGGGAAAGUAAGAGCUUAAUACGAUAAAGCUGAUUUCACUGCUCGCUAUAAUGUUCUUGGAUGUACUUCCUGAUCAGAGUUCCUCUGCAGCAUUUGUGAAAAAUAUCUCACUACGGAAUCGUCUGGCUUUCUGAAGCUAAAGGUGAGAUACUUCAAUCAGUUCUUUCCCACAAUGAAAAGAAGACACUUGAGUAUUGUGUUGCUCCUUGGUUUUCACACUGUCCUGUCAGAGACAUUCAAUGUGUUUGGAAAGGAUGAUCCCAUCAUAGUGUCUGUGGGUGAAGACGCUGUACUAGAGUGUCAAUUGGUCUCAGAUAUAUCUCUGGACACCCUGGAUGUUCGAUGGUUUACAUCAGACUCAGCUUCACCAGUUCAUUUAUACACCGAUGGGCAGGAUCGACCUGAUGUACAGGACAAAGGUUAUCAAGGCAGGACGGAACUGUUUAAAGACGAAUUUUCCCAUGGAAAUGCUUCUCUCAAAUUGAAGAACAUUAAAAUAUCAGAUGAAGGGAGUUAUACAUGUUCCAUUGAUUCCAAAACGCGCCAUGAUGAAGCAGUGAUAGAUCUGAGAGUUGCAGAGUUUGGACAGCGGCCUUGGGUUGAUCUGGAGGAGAACGACAAAGAAGGACUUUGUGUUGUGUGUCGAUCAGACGGAUGGUAUCCUGAGCCACUGAUACAGUGGGUAGAUGGGAAAGGAGAUGUGACAGCACAGUCUGAAACAGAAUUCAUUCAGGACCCCACAGGCCUCAUCACUGUCCAGAGUCAUAUUAAUGUGAAAAGUGAUUCUGUAAACGAGUUUUCAUGUUUCAUAGAAAACCAGUUAUUGAGCAAAAGACGAGAGGCCCAUCUCCAGAUAUCAGAUGAGUUCUUCCUGAAAAUCAAUGUGGUCAACGUCUGGCUGGUAAUUUUCUGGGUGUUAGUCAGCCUUGUGAUUAUGGCUGUUACUGUAGAUGUAAUGGUCCACAGAAACGAAGAUAAAAAGAUUAAAGAACUACAGGAAUUCCUCACUUUGGAAGGUUUCAACGAAUUGGAACUAGAUUGUGUUUCGGUAACUCUCGAUAUGGAAACAGCGCAUCCCUGGCUCGAGGUGUCUGAGGAUCUGAAAAGUUUGAGACAUGCUCAAAUCUCAAGGAGGCUCCCUGAUACCGAGAAGAGAUUUCGAAUCUGGCUUUGUGCCCUGGGAUCACAAGGAUUCACAUCGGGAAGACAUUACUGGGAGGUGGAGGUGGUGGGGAAUCAGCACUGGAGACUGGGAGUAGCCUUAGAGUCUGUGGAGAGGAAAGGAUGGAUCAUUCCAAUCCCAGAGAAUGGAUUCUGGAUCAUUGAGCAGAUCAUGGAUCAGUUUAGUAUCAGCUCCUCUCCUCAAUUCCCUCUCCCUGUCGAUCAGAUCCCCAGGAAGGUGGGAGUUUAUCUCAGCUAUGAGUCUGGGACAAUUUCAUUUUACAACGUGGACACCAAGUCCCAUCUCCACACCUUCACUGGGAAUAAAUUCACUGAGAAACUUUAUCCUUUCUUCUGGACCAGGGAUCCCAACAAGUGCCUGAGAAUCUGCUCAUAGUUGGAUAUGGAACUGUGAAAGGGAUGGAGCCUCGUAGUGUCCCUGACUUCACAAUGACAUGUCCCUGGUGUUUCAGCCAGGGGUUGGGCACCAGAAACCUCCAUUAACAACAGGUUGUUAUUAGAUAUGUCUCUGAAUUUUCAACUUAACUUUGUAAUGUCUCAAUCAGAUUGUAAAUAAAUUCAAUAAAAAUAGACACGUCAAAGGAUUAAAAUAAAAUGUAAAUUAAA